GAGGCCGUCGUCUACUGGUGUAAGUCGGCGUCAGGGAGGAAAAUAGUGUUUAAAAUCGAUUUUUACAUCUUCAAAGGAAAAAUCGACUUUAUCUUGAAGUGUUUGCCCGUUAAUUUUGCACACAAACUGUCGUUUACAAACAGGCAUUGUAGCAUCAGGAGUAUCUGCGGAAUCCGCGUAACCUACCACAGAAUCCUGGGACAUAAAAGAACAUCGGACUAUGCAACAGUGAGCAGCACCUGACCCUUUUCAAACCUUUAUUCCAGUGGUUCCAGGUGAACCUGUAUCCCCUCUCCCCCGUCUCCCUGUGUGUGUCCCCCACCCCCCAUCCACUCCACCUGACCCCCUGUCCCAUCCUCCCUCGUAUCUCACACACCUUCACAAAACUUCCUCCGCCACUCCACAAUAUACACAAGCACGGCGAAACACAAAACACUCCACACACUCGCUUAGCCUUCACCCCUCAGCCCCCCUCUGAGUGUACCGCAUACUCUGAAACCCACUGGGGGGCUGACCAUCCAUACGCAAGCUCAAAAACGCCAGCACACGCAAAACUCAAAAACCCAAGCUGGUGGUCAAACAAAUCACGAGAGAGAGGGGAUUGGGUAAAAAAAAACCCUACCUAACCGCUAAGUUCCCAGCAACCAUUGUGCUUUAGUUUUUGCUAUCAAGUCCUCAUCUCCCAUUUGAUCAAAACUCCCUAUCGCACGGCACAGUCAGUCGCCCUCCUUAGACCUCCUCUACACACCACCUCCUCUCCAGUGAAGUAGCAGCUAGCUAGCCAAGCGCCAUCAUCAUCAUCAUCAUCAUCCUCCUCAUCCACCACCACCAAUCAUCAUGUCCUCCAUCCUCCCGUUCACCCCUCCGGUGGUGAAGCGUCUGCUGGGCUGGAAGAAGACGGCCAACGGGUCCGGGGGUGCGGGCGGCGGCGGAAGCGGCGAGCAGAAUGGCCAGGAGGAGAAGUGGUGCGAGAAGGCCGUCAAGAGCCUGGUCAAGAAGCUGAAGAAGACUGGCCAGCUAGACGAGCUGGAAAAGGCCAUCACCACGCAGAACUGCAACACCAAGUGUGUCACCAUCCCCAGCAAUUGCUCUGAAUUGUGGGGUCUGAGCUCGCCAAGUACGAUAGAACAGUGGGAGGCGUCAGGCCUUUACAGCUACCCUGACCAAACCAGGUCCCUGGAUGGCCGUCUGCAGGUGUCCCACAGGAAGGGCCUCCCCCAUGUCAUCUACUGCCGGCUCUGGCGCUGGCCCGACCUGCACAGCCACCACGAGCUACGCGCCAUCGACACCUGCGAGUACGCCUUCAACCUCAAGAAGGAUGAGGUCUGCGUUAACCCCUACCACUACCAGAGGGUGGAGACACCAGUCCUCCCGCCUGUCCUGGUGCCAAGACACACGGAGAUCCUGACGGAGCUGCCUCCACUGGACGACUACACCCAUUCCAUACCCGAAAACACCAACUUCCCCGCCGGGAUCGACCCACCAAACAACUACAUACCUGAGACUCCACCACCAGGCUACAUCAGUGAGGAUGGCGAGACCAGCGACCAGCAGCUGAAUCAAAGUAUGGACACAGGCUCCCCAGCAGAGUUGUCACCAAGCACACUGUCACCUGUCAAUCAUGGCAUGGAUCUGCAGCCGGUGACGUACUCGGAACCGGCCUUCUGGUGCUCCAUAGCGUACUACGAGCUGAACCAGCGCGUGGGCGAGACCUUCCACGCCUCGCAGCCCUCGCUGACCGUGGACGGCUUCACCGACCCCUCUAACUCGGAGCGCUUCUGCCUGGGCCUGCUGUCCAACGUCAACCGCAACGCCACCGUGGAGAUGACCCGCCGGCACAUAGGUCGAGGAGUGAGACUGUACUACAUCGGAGGAGAGGUGUUUGCGGAAUGUUUGAGCGACAGCGCCAUCUUCGUGCAGAGCCCCAACUGUAACCAGCGGUACGGCUGGCACCCCGCAACCGUCUGCAAAAUCCCCCCAGGCUGCAACCUGAAGAUCUUCAACAACCAGGAGUUUGCGGCGCUACUGGCCCAGUCGGUGAACCAGGGCUUCGAGGCCGUCUACCAGCUCACCAGGAUGUGCACCAUCCGCAUGAGCUUCGUCAAAGGAUGGGGUGCCGAGUACAGACGACAGACGGUGACGAGCACCCCCUGCUGGAUCGAGCUGCAUCUCAACGGGCCUCUGCAGUGGCUGGACAAGGUGCUCACCCAGAUGGGAUCCCCCUCAGUCCGCUGCUCCAGCAUGUCCUAAAGCCCCUACUCCUCCUCCUCUUCCUCCUCCUCCUCCUCUCCCCACAACCACCUCCUCCCUUCUCCUCCUCCUCCUCCUCCUCUCCUACCUACCCGACAACCGAGUCUACAAUCACAUAAGAGAAAGAAAAAGAAAAAAAACAACAAAACCAACAAAAAAAACAUCAAAAACGUCAAAAAACAAACAAACAAAACAAAACAAAACGACAACUAGAAGAACAACAGACUUGCUAUAAGCCCUCUCUUUCAUAGUACUUGUGAGCCCUUUUUCUCUCUCUUUCUCUUUUACUCUUUUUCUCUUUCUCUCGCUUUUCUCCAGACACUGAUCUUUUUCACUGUUCGGAACAGAGCUCGGCACUUGCUGUUGGUUCAGCUUCAUGCACCUUUGAUUCUUUUUUUUCUCUCUCCUAAGCCCUCAAUAUUAAAUGUAUUAGUGGUAGAACUGAAAAAAAAAUGUAUAUUGAUUUUUAGAAGACCAGGGAAAGUUGUGUAUUGUUCGCGGGGAAAGGACCAGAAGGCAGGAUAUUCUUGGCACAAGUGUUGCAGUAAAGCUUUUUAUGUUUUUUUUUUCUUCCUUUUUCUGUUCUUAUGUUCCCCCUUCACUUACCCCUACCCCCUCGAUGAAUUUAAGAAGAAAAAUUAAAUGGUAAAUACUUCUGGCUUUUUGAGCUCUAAAGGUUUUGUCUGCUUGGACAAAAAGUUACUUUUUCUGGCAAAAAGUUGCAUUUCUUACAUUUUUUUUGUCUUUGCAAGACUAAUUGAAAAGGUCCAAAAGUAUUAACUCUCCUCUUCUCUUUUGCCUCUUAUGUUAUUUUUUGUCCUUGGUAUAGUUAGUUUCUGUUUUCAAAGGAAUGCCAAAAGAUGCCCCCACCCCUCCCUACCCUUCCAUUUUAAAGGUAACCAUUAUGACUGCCCCCCUCCCCCCACUUUCCACUCUACCCUGGCCCGCUUGAAGAGAAUGUUGCCUUUUUAUGAUUUGAGGUGUGCUCUGCUAAGACAUGCUUCUUUUGAAAAUUGAAUAUUGAAACAGAUAAGAAUGUCACCAUUGUACGGAAGAGUCAACCAACCAACCAGUCAAAACGCCCCUCCCCCAGCACAAGUGAAAGGCAGUAUAAACCCAAAACAUGAGCCCCCAAAACUGGACCAUCAAACUCUGACCCAGUCAGGAGCCGCACAGGCUCGUAGUGGAGUAAAGUAGAGGUGUUGGUUCUGUCUUUCCCAGGCCCGUUCAGCUCUGUAUGCUCUCGCCUUUAGGAGCCCAGCUGUUGCCUUGGGGAGCCCAGGUAUUGCAGUAGGUCCCAGAGUAACAUGGUGUCCAUGAAACGGUUUCUUGUGAAGGAUGAAUAAAAUUUAAAAAUAGCUGAAAUAUUCUUGCCAUCACUGAAAGAUUAAACAAAAUACGGUCUCACUCAGUCCAAAUCUUUCAAAAUGUUCAAGUAUUUAAGCUUUAAGUGUUGAUAAACUAGGCUAUCUUACACAAUUACAAGACUAUUUUUCCUUUUUGUCUUUCUUUUAGCUACUUUUUUGUAUUUUCAUGUAUUUUUAUAUAUAAAUAUAUUUAAAAUCUUUAACGCUCUCUCUUCCUUUUUAUUAGAAUUGAAAUAUUUUUUUAGAUCAUGCCCUCUUUUUAAACGGAACAUGGUGUUCAUAAAAGCAAGACAGUCCUGACAUUAGAAGAGGACUUGGCAGACACAUCCCUCUCUACCCCCCACCACUGCUGAGGCUGAUACUACCUAGCUGGUUCAGGAGAAAUCCAGGUUAAAUUAAGAGGUAAAUCAUCUAAUAGAAGAGCCUGGAGUUCAUCGGAAUAUGAGGACUCCAGCAGGCUCUUCUUCUGGAUGAUUUACCUCUUAACUUAACCUGGUUUAUUCCUGAUCCAGCUUUGUAGUAUCGGCCCCUGUUCUCCUAGGCUAGCCCAGCAUUCACAGUCCCUUUACUCACCCCCAACCUCCGCAUCCCUCUUGCUGAAAGAAGUAAACCGAGAAAUACCCAAACAGGCCUGUCACUUCACUCUACCUUACAUUUUUCUGUUUUUUGUUUUUGUUUUGUUGGUCUUCCUUUUAGUUCCAUGGUCACUGACAACGGAAUCAGUUAUGCCCUAGCUUGCUUUCUUUUCUCUUUUUUUGGGGAACAAACUCCAGUUUCUUUCUCUAUUCACACAACCCUCGGCCUCCACCACCACCACCACCACCCUCCCAAUCCAAAAAGAAUAAAGAAUACCCCCUACCUAACCACCCUGACGAGGUCUCUUCAAUCAAGGGAAAAUCGAAAGAAAGUAAAUCCCCAUUUCAUGCCUCAGCGUUGAGCAAUCUUGCUGUUUCAUUCAGUGUAAUGUGUUCAAUUGGAGAAAAAAAAAGAACACUUUCCAAAAUGUGAUGGCUCAAAGAAACAGGAGGUUGGUUAGUUAGUAGUGCAACCUUCUCUGAAAAAUGAGCGCUUUUGUUCUCCCCAACUUUUUACUAAUGACUGUGAACUUAAGCUGUUGGUCAGUCAGUCUUUACUCGUUUUUGUGGCAGUCACAAGUGGCGAGACUUGUUUUCUUUGAGUUACUUUUUUUUAUUUUACUUUUUUUGUUUCGUUCCUCUGCGAAAAAAAAGAACCAUUCCUUGCAAUUCACCUCCCUGCCCCCCCUUUAUUAUUUCCUUUAUUUUUUUCUUUUGUCUUUUUCUUUUUAAUCUGUCUUUGUUGAUCUUAUUACACUUGCGAUUGUACUUAAGUGCAUCUAGCGAGAGUGUUUUUUUUGUUUUGACAAAGAGGAUUGAUGUGGCAUCCCGCCAUGCGAUGAUGUGGUCGCCAUAGAUACCACAUUUAGGGGGGAGGGGAUCAUCCUGCUCGUAUCAUUCUGACCAGGGGAUGGAUUUAAAAAAAAUAAAAAAAUAAAAAAAGGAUACCAAAUAGAUCUGUAAGUGGACCAGACAUAUAUGCAUAUAUAUGUGUAUAUAUAAUUUUAUUUUACUUUUUUCAAUAAAAAAACAAACUUGUUUUUGGCAAAGCAUUUAACAGUUGGUGAGCUUGGUCUACAGUUAGAGAGAUGUAUGGUAGGACGUGUACUUCAGGCGAUAAGCUUUUAAGGCGUGUUGCAUAUGCAGACUUCAGAAAUACACUAAUAAAAGUUUUAAUUCUCAUGGUCA